AUGUAUGCAAAAAAUCGACGAAAAACUUAUACAGAAAAUAUGGAAAUUACUACGGCAGAAAGAGAUACUGGUGAAGAAGAAAAUGAGGCGAAUAAAAAACAUCAUGAAAAACAACAAGUUAAAACAUCCAAAGGUAAACACCAUAAACAAUCACGAGAUUUAUUAACAACAACAAAUGGUGCUUCUCCAUUAUCCAAUCUUUCAUUACCUAUCAAUAAUGAUAAAUCUGCAAGUUAUGUAGCCCAUUUACUUCAUGAAGCUGAUCUUACUAGUCUUGUUCAAUUGGAUACAGUUACUCAAAUAAAAUUUUUUCUUGAUGACCGUGCUAAUCUUAUUAAUCAAAUGGAGUUUAUUCGUACACAAUUUGAAAAACAAUAUACAAUAUUAAAACGUCGUCUUGAUGAAAAUGAAAAUGAAAAUGAACGUCUUAAAACACAAUAUCGUUCGUCAUCAAAAGAACUUGCUUUAUAUAAAAAUCUUGUUGAAGCACCUGAUAAUCCUGAAUCACCAACUAAAUCUAAAGAUUAUCAACAAUUAAAAUUAACUAUCGAUAAAAUUUUACAAGAAAAUGAACAUUUACAUUCUGAAUUAAAUAAGUUUAAAACAAGUGAUCCUGUUUAUGAACAAGUACAAUUAUUAGAUACUACGAAUAAAAAAUUAAAAGAAGAAUUAAUUAAAUUAACAAAAGAAAAUAAUCGUUUAAAUAAAAUGAUUAGUCUUGAUGAAAUUAAAUAUUUAAAAUCAAAUUUAACAAAAACAAUUGAAGAAUGUGAACAAUUAAGAUUAAUUAAUAAAAAACUUGCACAACAAUGUCAACAACAAACAUCAUCACCAAAACAGGCACACUUUCAUCCUCCUCCUCCUCCAUCUCCAGUAUCUAAUCAAGAACAAUUAUCACCAAUUGCACGUCGUUCUUCAAGAUUAAUUGAUGAAAAUCUUCUAAAACAAUAUCCAUCUAAAGAAGUUAUUGAAUUACGUGAACAUGUUCAUCGUUUAGAACAAACAUUACAUAAACGUGAUUAUGAAUUACAAAAAUUACAAAAUGAAAUCGACAAAGGUACAAGUUCAAUAAUGAGUUCAAUAGAAGAUCUUUAUACGGUUUCAUCAAAUGUUUCAUCACCAAAAAGUAUUCUUAAACAUCAACCGCCUAUUGUUCAAUUACAAAAUGAAAUAGACCAAUUACAUGAUAAAUUAGAUGAAUUAACACGUGAAAAUCAAAUAUUAAAAACUCGUACACAAGAAUUUGACACAAUUUAUGAAGAAAAUGAAUAUCUCUAUGCUGAAAAAAGUCAAUGGAAUGAAGAAAUGGAACGUUCUAGAAUACGACAAUUAGUACUUGAACAAGAAAUUCAUACACUAAAAGAACGUGAAAAAGAAUUUAUUUUAACAAAUGAUCCAGCAAUAACAACAGAUAAUUCUAAUUUAUCACAAUUAAAAUUAAAAAUUGAUUGGUUAAAUCAAGCAAAUAAUCAAUUAGAACUUGAAGUUGUUCGUUUACGUGAACAAAUCGAUUCAAUAACAAAAAAAUUUCAACAAGCUAAACGAGAUUUAAUCAAUAAAACUCAACAUUAUAAACAAAUUUUAGAAGCAGCUCAAGAUACACAAAAACUUCCUCAAGAAUUGGCUCGCAUUGAGAAACUUUAUACUGAUAUGGAAACUAAAUUUGAAUAUGAACGACAAGAAUAUGAAAAGACAAUUGCAGCUUUAGAAGAACAAAGUGAAAAAAGAGAACAAAAAUAUAGUGUAAGGUCAAGCGUCACAUUCUUUUUUUUUUGA